AAGAGGUUGUGGUCCAGCCUCCAUUGUAUCAGUCUGCGACGAAUGCAGCUCCAGGUCAGGACCAAGCUCCACAUCCAACAUUGCCCAACCCCCCGGUUCAGCCUUUGGACGUGGUGCUUACUGUGACUCCAGAACCUACCACGGAGGUUGAGCAUCCUACAACUCCCCCUCCAAACCCCACUGAGGGGACGCUUCCACGUCCAGAGCAGGUUCAGCAUCAGCAUCCAACCUUGACUGAAGUCACGGUUCAGCCUCUGGACCUGGGACUUAGCAUAACGACGGAACCCACGAAGGAGGAGGAACCUUCUCCAGCCACGCAGGAGACCCUAACCCAGCCUCCCGUAAGUCAGAGCCAAACAGUUCUAACACCACAUCAGGGUCAGGCUGAGCUUCCAACGUCACCCAGUGUCACAGGUAAGCCUGUGAACCAGGAGCCUAGCACAACUGCAGAACCCAGCACAGAGGCUGAACAUUCUACAGGCCUGCAGCAGACUACAGCUCCCCCUAUAGAACACCCUGAGGCGACACGUCCACAUGCAGACCUGACUCAAGUCACAGUUCAACCUGUGGAACUGACUGAAACUACAGGAUCCGGUGUGGAGGCUGAACCUUCUCCAACCGAGCAAGAGACCCCACCUCAGCCUCCAGAGCCAUUGCAUCAGGAGGUGACAGUUCCAGCUCCAAGUGAGGAUCAAAGUCAGGAGCCUACCACCACUCUACACCCUACUGCAGAGGCUGAACCUUCUACAGUCCUGCAAGAGACGACAUCUCCCGCUCCAGAAUACCCUGCGGUGACACUUCCUUACCCAGGCCUGACUCAAGUCACAGCUCCACCUGUUAGCAUAACUUCUCAACCAGGGUCAACUGAGACAAUCCUUCCUUCUGCGCAGUCUUCGGUGGUGCACUCCGCCCAAUACCCCCCAGAAAAGGAGCAGUCAGAACAGAAUGUCGUCACAGAGCACGUCGACAUAUGUGAGCUGUGCACCUGCAGAAAUGAGACGCUGUCGUGCACUGGACUCAGCCCAAAUCAGAGGCUCCGCAGUGUGCCUGUUCUAGGGCCCAAGAGCUACAACCACACCUUCACCGUCUUAGAUUUCCAAGGAAACGCUAUUUCUUACAUUGAUGGGAAUACAUGGAAGGCAUUCCAGUGGGUUGAGACACUGGACUUAUCCUGCAACAAAAUACAAUCUAUUGAAAGACGUACAUUUGAAUCGCUACCUUUUUUGCAAUAUGUAAAUCUUGGUUGCAAUUUAAUCACAGAAGUGAGCUUUGGAACGUUUCAAGCCUGGCAUGGAAUGCAGUUUUUACACAAGUUAGUUCUCAGCCAUAAUCCUUUGACAACAGUUGAAGAUUCGUAUCUUUAUAAAUUACCAGCGCUGAGAUACUUAGACCUGGGAACAACACAAGUGUCACUUACAACGGUUGAAAGUAUCCUCAUGAUGACCCUUGAAUUGGAAAAGCUGAUCUUGCCUAGCCAUAUGGCCUGCUGCCUCUGCCAAUUUAAAAACAGCAUUGAAGUUGUCUGCAAGACGGUCAAGCUGCAUUGUGACAGAUGCCUGCAAAACAGCGCGCGUUGUGAUAAAGAAACAUCUCUAGGGCACGCAGAAGGAUCGUUCAUGAAGGUGCUACAAGCCCGGAAGAAGAACACCAGCACCGAGCUGAUUAUUGAGCCAGAGAGGCCGUCCUCAGGCAGAAGUCGUGUCAGCUUGUCGAGCUUCAUGGAUGAGCAGCCGGACUUUAGUGAUGAAAGUGAUGUUAUCAGUGCACUCAACUACAUCCUGCCGUAUUUCUCCGAGGGAAAUCUAGAAGACGCAGAAUCCACCUUGCUGCCAUUCAUCCAGCUUCUCUUUUCAAAUGUAGCAGAGGCAGACAUCCCACCGGGCCAUUUGAAGACCCCCACCGGGGACCCCUCUGUUAAACCUGAAUCCAGUAUUUCAACUUAUAAAACUAAAUUGAGGCAACUCCGUUUUCUGGAAAAUUUGUUAGAUGCAGAAAUUCAGGAAAAAAUUGAUGACGUUCUAAGGAAAGAAAAAGCUGCCAUGCUUAUACAGUCCAACGUGUUAAGUCCCCAACUGAGACGCCACAUCCUUCGAGAGAAAUUGGAAACCGCCCGACAACAGGAGAAGAGCCUCGAAGAGGUUGAGAGCGCAGAAAAAAGGCCGCCGAAGGUGAACAGGGUCCUCGAGGGCCCAAGGGGCAUAAAGAAAAGGCACUUCAGAGAAAUGAGAAGGCAGAGCCCCAGGGGCAAAGAGAAUGCCCAGCCACUGGUGGAGAACGCUGCCAGAGGAAGCAAGCUCAGGGGGCCCUCCGCCAGGGAACUGGCCCAGCUGCACGUGGCGCAGAGGCCCGGGAAGCUAGUGGCAAACUCCUUGGAAAAAGAGGCUUUACUCCUAAAGGAACGUAAAGCAGAAGUCUCUUCUUUCCUGAAACAGUACUCGAGGGGCAGGCCUGCUGCCUCUAUCCAUCCAGAAGCCCCAGGAAAGGUCAAAAAGAAAUCAAAGGACUUAUCGAACACUCUUUUGGUUUUAGAAGAUGCUAAUGCAAGAGUCAAAAAUAUGAAGACUUCUAAAACAGUCUCACAUCCCAGGAAAAUAUACUCCUUCCGCAACUCUCACUCUCCUUUGCUUCACAGAACGGCCGUUCCCAAAAAGGGCCAGGGGUUCCCAGGCAAAAUCUCAAGCUACAGAUCGCUGUUUGCAUUGAGGCCUCCGUCCUCUGCAGUGAGGAGCCUCAUAAAUUCCCCUUCACUGGAGGCUUCGUCGCCUUCAGGAGAACCCAGUUCUCAGGAAAAGCCUUCUCCACAAUCCUUUUCUCCUUCAGAGCCUUCUACAGAAAACGUCAUCUCAGAAAACAAUACUCCACAGGUUGUUUUUGAAGAACUUACUACUGCUUCAGGCACAACUACUCUGUCGGGCACUCUCCCUGCAAGCACCGCCCAGAGCACUCUUCCUUCAGGAUAUUCUGCUGUUCCUGCAGACAACGUUAUGCCUACUGAUCAACACACCCACAAAAUACAGUGGGAGUACCACGGUGUGGGCACUGACGUGGCCUCCAAGCCCACAAGCUUCAUUGCCCCAGGAGUUCCCUCCCCGGGGACUCAGUUUGAAGCUCAGCUGAACCAGCAGCUGCAGUCCCUCAUCCCCAACAAUGACGUGAGGGGGCUCAUUUCUCAUGUUAUCCGGACGUUGAAGAUGGACUGCUCUGAGCCCCAAGUGCAGCUGGCCUGUGCCAAGCUCAUCUCCAGGACAGGCCUCCUGAUGAAGCUUCUCAGUGAGCAGCAAGAAGCAAAGGUGUCCAAGGCAGAAUGGGAUACGGACCAGUGGAAAACCGAGAACUACAUCAACGAGAACACAGAAGCCCAGGGGGAACAGAAGGAGUCGAGUGAGCUCCCCAAAGAAGUUCCCGGAUAUGGCUAUAAUAACAAGCUCAUCUUGGCGAUAUCUGUGACUGUAGUGGUGAUGCUUUUGAUUGUAAUUUUCUGUCUCAUCGAGGUCUGUUCUCGUAAGAGGGCAUUGCGGGAAGGGAACGUAGGACGCAAAAGGGGCUUUUUCGGCUUUCUGCUGCGUAAGAGACGCUCGGGGGAGAGCGAGAGCGAGAGGGAGGGCUUCUUUUGGAGAAGGCGGCCACUCUGGCUUCAGGAUAUGUACAGACCUCUCAACGCCACACGCAAGAAAAACAUGGCCCAGAAGCUACACGACAAGGAGUCUUCUGAUGAGGAAGAGGUCCUCCAUGCGGGUGCGGGGGAGGUCAGUGAAGCCCCAGCAGAUGCGGUUCUGACCAUAGAAUCGGACGUGGAAGACCUGGGUGAGGAGAGUGACGCGGCACCUGAGGUUCCCCCGAGUGAGCCCCGUCCUGGCUCAGGCCGCCUACACGUGUGUGUAUAGCACCAGAUUCUAGGAAUUGCUUGUAAAAUAUGUUUGUUGUUGUUCUAGUAAAAUGUACAUUCACAACCAA